AUGGCCCCCGUGCGAAGAAAAAAUCGGAAAAGAAGUGCAGCGAGAACCAAAGGAGGGUCACAGAAACAUCCAAACAAGGAUGUAGUUGGGACAGAAAUUUCAAAAAUAACAUGUUCAUCUGGCAGAUCGAAGGUUGAUCUAACAUACAAAGAACUUGGCGUUGCAGAGCUGCAAUGGCCCGCCGCGGACGAACGAGAACUGAGCCAAGAAAUAAUGAGAGUGAAUCCACUAAAUAGGCAGUCCAUUCUUCAGGUAAAUAAGAAUUUCGUGAAUGAACAUUUUGCGAGGAUUGAGCCUUAUGCUAAACAUCGUAUUGUUAUAUUUCAUAAUUUAUUUGCCUGUGAGUAUAAUUCAAACAUUCCCGCCACAUUUGUGUGUUUUGCCUCACAGUUGUGUAUGUUAAUGAAGCUGAAAUCGACGUGCUCUGUUGAAUGUUAUUCUUUUCUUGGUUUAAUUUGUAGUAUUCAUUUAAGCAAUCUGAUUCCCCUGAUUCUUCGCUCGAGAGAAAGAAAGUCAGGAAAAUCUUUCUGGACACAACUUUUAGGUCAAAUUUAAUCAAUGUCCUAUGUCAAAAUUUAUUUGUUUCUACACUGAUCUAUGUACAAGCCAAAAUUUAAGUCAGUAUGAUUUGACAGGGUAUCAUAAUUCUACGUACUACCUGCCAUUUCUUUUAAUUUUCAUUCUGAGAAUUAAGUGUCAAAUCGGACAAUAUCCCUCGGAUGAUAAUUUUUUUCAGUAUUACAUACAGACAGCAUAGAUGACAGUAAUAAAGUCAUAUCCAUUUCUACUCUUGGACUAGAUCCAUUUGUAAGCAGACACGUAGAGAUCAACUUCUUUUGUCUUGUUUUCCAGGCUCCCUGUCAGAAGUUUGUUGUUAGUCAUUGGGGAAAAACUUCAUCUUUAGUGGCAACUGGUUCAUCAUCCACUGACAGCAAAGCCUGGAAAAGUGGACCAAAAUCAAAAGAAUCAACAGCCUGUGUUCAUAAAAGGAAAAGAACUGGUGUGAAAGAAAAACCUACUCCUAGUAAGGCAUAAUUAGGACUGGAAAUAUAUAUAUCAUGAAAAGUCUCUCAAAUCAAGGAAAAGUACAAAUCAUUCUUAUUUGUUAUGUCAAGAACUGGUCAACCCUUUAACUCCCAUGAAUGACAAUCGCAAAAUUUUCUUUGAAAAAUUUCAAACAAUAUCAAGCAGACAGGUGAUGAGACUAGGGAAAAAAUCAAUCAGGGGGUUAUUAGUUGAUCCAAUACCAAAUUCUCCAUACUACGUCAUAAGAAUUUUAUGGCAGUCAGUAAGGAAAAUUACUAUUGAGAUCUUGGGAGUGAAAGAGUUAACAAUAUAAAUUUUUGGUUACAUCCUCACAUGACCUUCAAUGAAUUUUUUUUUUCAGAUUAUUGGAUGAUGUUAUCUGAUGAAAUAAUUCUGUCAAUCUUUCAAUUCUUACCAAAGAAGACAAUAGUAAGGUGUGCCAGAGUUUGCAAACACUGGCAAAGGCUAAUGUAAGUAACAUUAAUUUUAAUUAGUCUUAGUGGCAGCCAGUCCGUGAUGCUAAAUGUAACCCUAGCAGGGGUGUCAAUAAAUUGUUUCCAAAAGCCGCUGCUGUAAUGUAAUAGGUGACCUUUCCUGUAAAGGAGCUGCAAUUCUCCUUUUUCCUAGGGUUGUCUGGGGGCAUGCCCCCUCCCAAUAAAAUUUAUAAUCCAAAAAUUGGUAAUUCACCCUUGUGAAAGCCCAUGCAAAACCCAAAGUUGAGAGCCUGCUUACUGACAAAACAGAAGGAAGUAAGAGGUCUUAGAUGUGGUGGUUCACCGCUUGUAACCAGCUUUUACUGAAACCUCUGCCCCAGUCUUAAUGCAUCAAUUAUUCCUGUUGAUGCAUCUCCUUUUACCUUUAUCUGAUCUCAGUGGUUAAACACUCUCUUUUCAGGUAUGAUGAAAGUCUAUGGCAUCGUGUAGACAUGACUAAGUCAAACCUCUUACCUGGUUUGUUAGGAAAGGUAUUAAAACGAGGAACCAGGGUGUUGCGAAUAGCCCAUGCAAAGGUAACCGCAGGUGUUCAGGUCCAUGAUUUUUCUGCAGUUACAUUUAAUGUACUCAUUCAGUAACAUUCUAUGGACAUGUUGUUUUAGAUUAUUUCUCAUCAAUAACAUUUUAAUGUCCCUUUACAGGUUGCUUCACCUUUAUGUGAUGAUAAUGCUCCAUUCUUCCUUGAUGUAGUUCCUCUGUCACCAAAGUCACCAAGGUUAGUGUUCUCCAGAAGCACCCAUAUGUAGCCCCCAGUUUGGAAAAGUUGAUUUUGGAUCAAAAGUCAAUUACGGUUUAAUUUAUUUCCAAGCACCCAUUAUAAAUAACUAACAUUUAUCCUUUUUUUUUUCUUUCCUCUUUGUCAUUUUAAGUAAGUCGUUAUUCAACCUGAGAUUAUUAGAUGCCACUUCAUGCAGUUUUCAAGAGGAUACCCUCCUCUGCCUUCUCAUGGUAUGUACUGAAAGUGGACUUCUUGAGAUCAUAAGACCCUUUCCAAAUGUUCAAGUCUAAGUUUGGGUUGAAGAUGAGGGCUUUAGGAGUUUAUUCUUCUGCCAUUUCCAAAGACACAAGCUACUUUCAAGCUUUUCAAUCUUUUCAUCGAAUUAUAUGCUACAGAAGAAAAUCACUUGUAUUAAGUGUAGUAGGGUAGGGUAAGCUGCAGCGCAAAUGAGAGAUGACAUAAAACAUUAUGAAACUCUUUUCAUAAAAUUGUUUGUGCAUUUAUUUCACUGAAGCAAUCGAAACAGCUGACCCACAUCAGUUUGGAAUCCUGCAAGGUUUCUACAGCCAUAUUAAAGUAAGGACAAGAUACAUUGACCUUUGUAGUAAAUUACACAAUCAGACCUUUUCCACUGUGAAAAGCACAGUUGCUAGUUCAUAAGAGAACACUAAUUCACUAACACAAUCGUAAUUUGAUCAUUGGCAUGGUCUUUGCAGUGAGCCUUGUGGUUUCAAGUUUCCUUACCCUUCUUUCCUCCAAAACUUAACCCUUGAAUUCCCAAGGUCAAUCAGUUACAAGAAUUUGGUGUUAGAUCAAGAUAAUAAAUUCUACAUGUACCUGAUAAGUUUGAGUAUUCUCAUCAGCUAUUUUUUAGGUAAUGUAUGGAUAUUGUAGGGAGAUGUUACAUGCUAAUCACUUCUGGGAGUUCAAGGUUUAAAAAAAAUAGAAUCUGAAAAGUUCAUUACUUAACCUUUUGACUCCCAUGAGUGACCAAGACAGAAUUUCUCCUUACAGUAUCAAUGCAAUAUCAACCAGAUGAGUAUUGAGAAUAAAGAAAAAUAUAAAUUAGGGGAUAAUUAGUUGAUCCAAUACUAAAUUAUCUGAAUGAACAUUAUAAGAAUUGUAUGGUUGACAGUAAGGAGAAUUUAAAAUUUGAUCUGGGAGUUAAAGGGUUAAAAGAUAAAAUAGAUUUAUCACAGGACUAAUUACACUUAUGUUUUAGAGAUGAUAAUGGUGAUGAUGAGUUCUGAUGAUUGCUGCUUCAAUCUUUGCAAUGAUGAAUAUAACUACUUAUUCCAAUUAUAAUUUUUCUCUGUAGAUAAUGUAUUCCUUUUUUACACCCUUUGUUUUGAUGCAUAUUGCCUUCUUUUCUGAUUUUAGAGCCGUCAGUGAACUGCGCAAUCUUGAAGUUUUAAAUCUUGCCAUGUGCACUGGUGUAACAAUCACAGGAAUUUGCUCCUUGGUUAAAGGUGGAAAAAACUCCAGGUGCAUAUUCAUUAAAAAACUUAUUAUGAUCAGAAAAAAUGCAUUUUAAAUGUUAGAUUGUAUUUAAAAAAUAGAUUCUCUGCUGCCAUGGGUCUUGUCAGUAAAAGAUCAUAGAUUACAUCAAGAUGUGGUAAAGAAUUUUUCUUUUUAAAGAUAGAUUGAGAAUUUCAAAAAUAGAUUGAUCAAUACUAAAUUCUCUGAACUAACAUAAGGGUCUGGUCAGUAAAAGAAUUCAAGAUGAUCUGGGAGUUAGAGGGUUAACAAGAUAGAAAAGCAAAAUGUUUUUUAUGGUGACACGUCAUCCAUGCGUCUGUCCUUCAAGAACCAAUCAAAAUGCACGCAUUUAUAAUUCAGCUUAACAUACAAAUCAGUUUGAUGAAUUUUCAUUUCAAAUCUGGCCAAUUGACAGAUAGCUCUCAUUUUAAUAUAAUAUGUGUACAUAUGUUAUGUUAAAUUACUUCAGUUUUUUAUUUUAGACUCAAGCAGUUAAAUUUAGCAUGGACAAACCUCACAAAGGCAACAAUGAUGCAGGUAGAUGAUCCUAUAUCUGGAUCUUGUUUUAUCUAUAGAUUUUGUUUUUAUAGAUAGAUCUUAUCAGACUUGCUUGAAUUAAACAUCUUAAAGAGUUAUUUUAGCAUGUCAGAAAUGAUAUGUGCAUUAAUUCUUUUUAAGUGUUGAAUUAGUCUAGUAUAAAAAUUAUGAAGAACAGACUUUUCAUGAAACAUCAUUACAUCUGGAAACAUUCUACAAAAUUACUUAACAUAUUUAAUUGAUAACAUUUCCUUUAAAACUUAGAAAAUGGCAGAUACCAGAAAUACUUUUUAACAUUUUGUUUUCCAAGGAAUAAACCAAUCAGGCUUGAGAAAACUAAACUGCAACAGUAAUAAUAACAACAAAAUGAUUACCAAUUCAAGAAGAUCCUGAUUGUUAAACAACUGAUUCCUGUCAGCACAAUAGGAAAUUAAUAAAGAACAGCAUAGAGAAUAUGGUUGCUGAUCUGCGGGUAUAAAGAGUUGAUGGUUUUUUGAGUAUCACAGUGUAUUUAAAUUUAUUGUUUUAACAGCUUAUAAAGAAUCUACCACAGCUGCAACAACUCAACCUCAGUGGAUGUAGAGAAACUCUUACUGAUGACUGUAUGUGAUAACAUAUUGUGCACUUAGUCUAAUUAGUAAAUAGAUUCCAUGUUGCUCUUCUCCAACUGAUGACUGUAUGUGAUGAUAUAUUGUUCACUAAUUAACCCUUUAACUCCCAUGAGUGACCAAAACAGAAUUUCUCCUUACUAUAUCUAUACAACAUCAUUUAGAAAAGUUGUGGGAAUUAAGAAAAACAUCAAUUCUAGGAUUUCUAAUUGAUCCAAUACCAAAUUCUCCAAACUAACAUAAUGAGAAUCAUUUGACAGACAGUAAAGAGAAUUACUAAUGAGAUCUUGGGAGGUAAAGGGUUAAUAAAUAGAUUCCAUGUUUCUGUACUCUAACUGAUGACCAUAUGUGAUGACAUAUUGUGCACUAAUUAAUAAAUAGAUUCUAUGUUGCUGUACUUCUGUUCAGUAAUAGUUCAUAAAAUGCAUCAAAAUGUGGUAAAAACAACAGAGUGCCACAAAAGGCACAACCAAAUUUUCCACUGAUUUUCUCAUCACAUUUUGAUAACUUCUGUGACUGUACAGACCUGCAGCAAAAUGGAAUUUAUUUGUUUUAUAUGAUAACAAAGUAAAAUGUUAUUUAUGGUGAAAUCAUCAAUGCUUCUGUCCUCCAGUAGAUCAUUAGUAAGAAACCAUGCACAAUGCAUGUGUACUGUAGCUGAUCAUAUAAAGGGGCAAUUUUUCUAAAACAAGCACCUUUCAUCAUUCUUUCACAUCCCAACUCUUGACCGCCAACAUUUCUUCAUAGUUUCCUUACAGUUCCUACGUUCCUAAACCACUCUUAUCUCUCUUGGCGAUAGGCAUCAAACAGCUUGUUAAAUCAUGUCCUCAACUAACUCAUUUGGAUGUCAGGUAAGAAUGUCACAAACAUAAAUAAUAAGUUUCCAGUCAUCGUGUUGUAUUUUGUUACAGACUCAGAGAGACUAACAACUUGUGUCUGGCUUUGCUUAAUCCUUUAACCCUUUCACUCCCACAAGUGACCAAGACAGAAUUUCUCCUUACAGUGUCAAUACAAUAUCAAGCAGGCCGGUGAUGAGAAUAGAGAAGGAUAUCAAUCAUGGGAUUAUUAGUUGAUCCAAUACCAAAUUCUCUGAACUAAAAUCAUAAGAAUUGUAUGGCAGAUAGUAAGGAGAAUUACUAAUCAGAUCUUGAGAGUGAAAGGGUUAAACCCUAAGAGUGACCAGCAUCUAAUUUCUCCUUACAGUAAUACUUCUGAAUCAUUUCUUAAAAUCGUGAGGGUAGAUUAAAUAAAUUGGCUUUCCAAGGCUUCUGAGAGUUGGCCACCCCAGAUUCUUGAGACAAGCUUUUUCAUUUUGACACUUCAAAGACACUUUUUCAGCUUCAGCCAUAAUGACCAUCUAACUGAUGAUGAAGCAACUUUAAGUAGAACAAAAUUUGAAACUUUGCAUAAAGAAUGCACACAACUUAGAAUUAUAGUUGUCUAUUGGAAAGGUCAAAUUUUCAUACUUGUCAGAGUGAGAAAGUAUUUUGUAAACUAAUAGUCUGGUAAUUUAUCUUUUCAGUGAUGGAGUAAUGUUAACUACUCAAUCUCUAGAGGCAAUUCUCAAACUAAAGAACUUGGUUUGGUUGGGUGUUAGCAGAUGUUACAGUAUUCCACCAGUUUCCUUCAGGUAACAAAUGGAAUCCACUAUUAAAACAUGUUAAGUGGGCUGACUUUUUAAAUUUAAUUUAUUGUUUUAUCAUCAUAAUGUGUUCAUAUAUUCUUGUUAAGUCUUGCAGAACUAGUUGCCUAUCAUUGUUAGAGCCUACCCCUGUUAUAGUCACAUGAAUUGAUUGGAAGCAUUUUACCCUUGCCAGAUGGGGUGCAAGUUCAUUGCAGGUUAUUCCCUGCCCUGCCCUCCCCCCCCCCUGCCUUCAGCAUUUUGUCAAUUUUGUCAUUGCAGCUUUUGUUAAUAACAACAACCUGAAUUCUUUCUUAUCCAACCUACACAAAACUACUUAUAACUGAAAAUGAAAUUUUAAAACUGGCUGUCUGGAAUAUAUAACCAUCAGGGUUUGCCAAUUCAGGCAAUAAACCAUCUUCUUGAUGAAGGGAGUAAGUUUCAAAAGAAACUGUGAUACUGUGUCAGUGGGGAUAUUACAAGAUAAUUUUGAUUUAUCAAAUUAGUCACCGGAAAGAGUUUCAAGCAUUAGCUCUUCCCCAUUCACUCUGACAAAGGGUAAAUGCUUACAGUAUCAGCUUUAGAAACUCUUUACAGUGGCCAAUUUACAUUAUGUGAUCAAAUUAGUUGAUAAAACCAAACAUUCUUUUCCUUACAUUGAAUUUCACAUCCUCCACACAUUAAUAACUUUUUCAUUUUACUUUUCAGCUUAUUUACCAAGAUCAAAUCACUUAAAACUCUACAGCUCUUUGGUCUUCUGAACACAGAAGGUGUAGAACUACUGAAGGCUGACCUUCCAAACGUCAAUGUGAACAAGUCAUUUUUCUCAACUAUUGCAAGACCGGUUGGGUCUGUGUACUUAGGAAUGAUAUGGGGGGUCCAGUGCAAAGAUUAAAAAUUACUUAUUAUUUUAAAUUAGGUUAUUAAAUCUCCAUGAGAUAUUCUUACACUUUUGGAAGAUUCUUUCUGGGAAAUUUGAUUUAAAUUUCGAAAAGUUUCUCUCCUAUAAAUUUUUGUAUUGUGGUUAAUGAUUGUAAUCAACCCCUUUGGUUUCAUGUACUCUUUUUAGAGAAAUAAGACUUUUUUAGGCCUGGAGGCUUCAUUUUUUCUGCA